AUGCUGCUGUUGAUGUUCAUGUGUGUCAAAAGUAGUUUAAGAGGUUCCAAACAGAAAAUAUUUUUAGAAGAUGCACCACAAUUUGGAAGACCCCCAGCUAUUGAUGAUGAUGCAAUCACUGCAUUAAUUCAAGAGAAUUCUUAUUAUGCUACCAGGAAAAUUGCAGAAAGGGUUGAAGAUCGCAUAACUUGUAAUGGUUUGCCACUAUUGAAGUCAGAAGAAAUUGAAUAUGUAUAUGAUUUGUAUUAUUCACCUGAUGCUGAUUUUGAUUCACAAGCAAUUGAAAAUGUAGUAAGUAUUAAAGGUUGUACCUUAGAAAAUGAUCUUGUUUAUCCCGAUGGUGAUGAUGAUGAUCAAUGUUUUGAUGAUGAUGACAGCAAUGAUGAAGAUAAUUGGAGAAACGAUUAUCCUGAAGAAGAUCCCUUAUUUGAAAGAAAUUUAGAUUAUUUUGGUGAUUAUGAUGAAAUUGAAGAAGAAUUUUUAGAAAGGAUACGUGAUUGUGAUAUUGCUUCAGAUGAAUACUGCAGUGAUGAUGAUAAUGAUUACGGCAGCAGUAAUGAUUUUGAUCAUAAUUAUGCUAAAUAUAAAACACACAUUUCACAGACUGUGGAUGAUGAUAUUUGAUAUUUUUAAUAUUAUGUUAAUCUCAAAUAUAUGUUAAAAAGAAUGUAGCUAAUAAUACUGUAAUAUUUAAAUUUUUUUACUGUUAAAAAUGCAUUCAAACAAUGA